AAACACGGUUACAUUGUAAUAACAUAUUUCCAUCAUUGAAAUAAAUAUGUUUACAUUGUAAUAGCAUAUUUACAUCAUUGUAAUAAACACGUUUACAUCAUCAUGACACAUGAACACUAUCACAAUAAAACAUUGUCAACAUUAACAUACUUACAUCAUUAAAGCAUUUACAUCAUUAACACACACUUGUAUUAUAACAAUUAAGCACUUACAUCACUGCAUAAAACUUUUACAUCAUAGCAAUACCACACCAACAUUAUCAUAGUAAAACACUGUCAAUAUCACAACUCCUGUACACACAUUUCUAAUAUUACACUUAAAAACUAAUUAUAAACAGGAUAGAUCGAAGUAGUUUCUAAGUUGAUUAGAAGAAAUAUUCAUGUUCGUUUUACGCAAUCAGUGACAAAAGCGCUGGAAGAAAAUUUAUAAAUGUAGUUAGAUGUUUUAAUGGUGAUAGCAGCAGUGUGUAUAGUGGUAGGGGGUGCCAUCGAUCAGUACCAGGCCACUACUAAAACCACUGGUCUCAGUACGUAUCAUUAGUCUGUAUGUGGUGGGAUCUAUCGACGUUUAAAUGGUUAUCGACUUGUCGCUGAGUGACUUUCACUGUGUUAAAUGUAGGUAAAACGCACCACUAAUAAACUGACAAAUACCUUUCUUCAUUUCAAACGUCGCAACCAACACAUCUUAAUUACAGACUCUUAAUUGUUAUCUGAGCACAGCCUGAACAAACUCUUCCGUUUUUCCUAACCAAUUAACUUUUAGAAAUUAGCUAAAGUAAUAAUAACACAUUGGCUUAUGAAUGGAUAAUCAGGCAGUGGCUGCGCUGCAGUUGAAGAUGUGCAGGCGACGAAUUUGGUCUUGAAUAUACAAUCUGAACUAUCGAAAUGACCCGGAGGAAUACAGUGCCAGAACGUUCCCAUUAAAUCGGACUUGUGAGCUUCAACCAUUGUGUGUUCGACAGCCAACUGUCCACAUCUCUUUUGUACACUAACGUCAACAACAUGUCUCAACGGAAAUGUAACCGGACCAAGAAGGACUCUAAGUUAUUGAAGGGUUUCACCAUUGACGACUCCGUGUUGAGCAAACUGCCAAAUCGGUCUCAGUGUCGGUCCCGAAGGAACAGUUCCAUGAGUUUGACGAGCCCGUCAUCAGAAAGCGAGGGUGAACCAUCGCCGCUGAUGCCAAGAAGAGGCCGCCGUCUUGCUAUUGUUGACACGUCAAAGAAUUGUGGUGAAUCCGUUUCGAUGUCGUCGGACGCUACCCCCAGUAACUCGUGUGACGAAUGCGACUCUGAUAAAGCUGCAAGGUUCCGUUCUCGACGUCGAAGUUCCAUUGACCUGGAGACGAAGACUUACCAACGUGACCAGAUACUCAGGGACAAGAGGAAGAGACUUAUCAAGCGGAAUACUAUCGCUGACUUCUACAGAUCCAGAGAAUCUCCCUCGUCCGACGAUAACAAGAAGGGGCGGCCUACAACCUUUUCCUUCAGAAGACUGAUUAAAACCAGGAGCAAAGAAGAGUUGUCUAAGCUAAGUGAUGUUCUGACGAAGCUGUCACCGUCUCAGUUCCAGGACAGCGAUCUGGCCGCCUAUAAGAACUGUCAUUGGUCGGAUCUGAUUGUCAGUUCGGACAAGGAAAGACAACCCAUAAAGAUUGUCGAGAGUGAACGUAAACGCCGGGAGGCAGUAUGGGAACUGUUCACAAGUGAAUGUGUUUUCCUCAUAGACCAUCUGAUGGCACUAAAACAUUGCUUCCUGGAACCGUUGAAGAAAGUACAGGUAGAAGGUUUCCUGAUGUAUAUUGAACCCCCAGAGAUAUUCUGUAACCUUGAUGAUCUGUGUUACGUAAGCUACACAUUCUGUAAAGACCUGAUAUCCGUACUGACCAAGAAUAUGUCCAAUACAGAGAUCUGGGAAACUAAACGUCUGGAGGAGGUCCUGGAACGCUUUGCUGCUCUGUCUGAGGAAGGGGAAGUCUACCACACAUAUUGUCUCAACUACACCAAAGGGCUUAGCUAUUUGGAGAAGCUGAAAAAGAACGAUGACUACUGCGAAUUCGAAAAGUGGUGCGAGCAGGACCCUCGAUGUAACCGCCUCCAGCUGAAUGAUCUGUUGGUUUCUCCAAUGCAACACUGUACCAAACUACCACUCCUUCUGGCUAAUAUACGAAAGUAUACCCUGAUCGAGGCGGACAGAGGUCUAUUAGCGGCGGCCAUCGGCAAACUAGAGGUCUCUCUACAAAAUUUAGAGGAGAAAAUGAGAAAAGAAAGAAAUACUCAACGUCUACAGGAAAUCCAACAACAGUUAGUGUGGCCGUCAAUAUCCGACCUGGAUCCCAAGGUUUACAUUCCCGACUUUCUGAAGUCAAGCCUUUCCAUUCAACCUUGUACAAAGCUACUAUCGUGUCCUAAGAGACAACUCAUGCACGAAGGAUUACUGACUUUAGUAGAAGCAACGAAAUCCAUAGAUGUGCACUUGUUCCUGUUUGACGACAUAUUACUGAUCACAAAAAUUAAGAAAUCCGUAAAAAAGAAACAAAAUGCAUUAGAGACGUUUAAUACCAAUGAUUGUAACAUGUACACGGUGCAUCGCCAACCUAUAGCGUUAGAUCGCUUGAGUGUGCAUGACGUGGGCAUCUCUGAGGCAUCAGCGAACGGUCUGAAGCAUUGUAUAGUCCUCGUCCAUAUCAGCAGAUUCCAGCAGAUCAUAGGCGUCUUCACUCUCCAAUCAACCAGUGAAUAUGCCAAGGAAUACUGGAUGACGAAGCUUUGUGAUGCGAAGAAGAAAUUUCAUUCCUCGUCUCACGACUGUGGCGUCAAUGGCCUUGUCGACUACCGCCAACAUAUGCCACAAAGCACCACUGCCAUAACCCCUACAAGCCAUACACUUGGAACACCUGGGGACAUAUCACCGCGCAGGCUCAGACGGGCACGCAUGCUCAGUGUCCAUAAAAAGAAAUCUGUCAGCAUGGAUACGGUUUUCAUCACAUAAUGUACAAUAUCGUUCCGUGUACUCUGUGUGUGUCGUUGUGCCCGGCACAUUGUGUUAUCAUUAUCUGGAAAUUCAAGCAAAGUAUCAAAUUGUCUGUGAUAAUAAAUGUCUAUAUUAUAAAUAUUCAA